AAGCCGUGCCUCAAGCGCGAGAGCAUGGGGCGGUGCGACGGGAGGUGCACGCUGGUGGUCAUCUGCUCUCUGCAGCUGCUGGCUGCGCUGCAGAGGCAGGUGUUUGAUUUCCUGGGCUAUCAGUGGGCUCCCAUCUUGGCCAACUUCCUUCACAUCAUGGCAGUUAUUUUGGGAGUCUUCGGGACGGUGCAGGUCCGCUCUCGAUAUCUUAUACUGUACGCAGUAUGGCUGGUGGUCUGGGUUGGUUGGAACUCCUUCAUCAUCUGUUUCUACCUGGAGGUGGGCCACCUGUCUCAAAACAGAGAUUUCCUGAUGACAUUUAACACCUCUUUACAUCGCUCCUGGUGGAUGGAGAAUGGGCCUGGUUGCUUAGUUACAACAGUGCCUGACUCGCCAUUGGCUCCACAGGACCACCAUGUGAUCACAGUCAGUGGCUGCCUGCUGGACUACCAGUACAUAGAGGUGGUCAGCUCCGCCCUGCAAGUGUUCCUCGCACUUUUUGGCUUCGUAUAUGCCUGCUAUGUUAGUAAAGUCUUCCUGGAUGAUGAGGACAGCUUUGAUUUUAUCGGUGGAUUCGACUCCUAUGGUUACCAGCCUCCACAAAAGAGUUCCCACCUACAGCUGCAGCCUCUUUACACGGCUGGAUAAGAGCACAGAUCCACUUCCACGUGCAUUUGAGUGGAGCAGCUGCUGAACUCUUGAGCGAUGCCGUCCUGUGCAUUGUGGGAUAUAUAGUUCUACAAAAUUCAGUCUCUGUGUUUCUGAAACUGUCUCCCUCUGCUGGCAGAAAAAUGAACUGCAGUACAGACACUGUGUUCAGUGAGUGACCGUGAGAGAGGCUGUGGGCUAAAGCUUGUACUGCCACUGUUAAGUGCAUGUUUCAGUAUACUUUGAAGUGCACAAACAUAUUGCCCAAAGUGGGUAUAUUCAGAAAACUACAGAGCCAAGAUCUCUUCCACAGAGUACAAUUCCAUUUUUUGUUUUUCACUUUUUGGAAAGUAAUGGUGACCUUUCGAAGCCAUAGUGCAUGGCAGUUCAUCACUCUGAUUAUAGCGUGAGUUAGCUUACAGAAGUUAACUUACCAUGAUGCUUCCACAAUACGGUAUAAAUCCAGUAUGCUGAAUUUUUUUGUGUGCUGCACAAUUUUCAAUUAGAUGAUCACAGACACCUGGUUAGUGUUGAGUACAUACAGUAUUGUGUGUCCUCAGUAUGUGCUUUCGCCCAUGGCCUGGGGGAGUGGGAAAGAAAGGAAGCGCAGAAAGGUAACUGACUUUGCCACUAGAGCCUCAUUGCGUUGCCUAUUUGUCUAGGCAUUGUGGGGGGAAGAGGUGAGGACUACAACAGAUUCUAUUGCCAUGUGUGCGUCUGUGUGUAUACAUGUGUGUAUUUCUAGUGUAUUCACAAGGAGGAUAACCUUUGACCCAGGUAAACUUUGAUCUCUCGUCUGAGCUGCCCAUUCAGCUCUGCAGUAUGUGUGUAUGUCAGGGAGAAGACUUUUUUGUUUCUUUAUACUUUGACUUAAUCCAAUACAGUGUAAUGUGUUAGAUGAAUGUUGUAGGUGGGCUAGCUGUUUAGUCAGGGAAUGUAGUAGGAUUUUCUGCAUGUAAAUAUAAGGCUGAUUGUAGAGAGGAUGAACAUCAGGGUGGCCCUCACUUGUAUGACUGUGAGCGUGUGAGUGUGGACUAAAAGUAUGUGCUUGUGCACAUGGUGAAUGUGAGUAGCCAUAAAUGUUUAUUUGUAAGCAACUUUACAAUGAAUGUAUGUUCAUGUACAUGGCUAGUGAGUGCGUGUGUGGGUGUGUGUGUGUGUGAGGGUCACAUCUGGAGAGCGUGUUAGUUGUUGGAACUAAUAAACUCUUUCUAGAUUAUU